UGGCAGUGUGUUAUAUGUAACUUGCAUGCUGUAAUAUUCAAAAUUAACCCAUUAAAUUAAUUCUUAACUAUUUCAAAGACAAUUCUCCGUAUUUUAUUUUAUUCAGAUGAACUCGGCAUUUUUAUUACUCCUGGGAAACGAGUGAUAAAAAGUGUAUAAACCCUCUGGCAGGGAACUUCAUAUCCCACAAUUCGCACUUCCGCAACCAACCAGGGCAUGAUUCAAGAAGUUCUUCUGUGCGGUUUCUGCUAGUUAGCUAGCAGCAACUGUGGCAAACGAGUUGGGGAGCAUAACAUUCAGAUGCAGACAGCUGUGGAAAUGAAAGGUGCGUGUCCUAGCCUUAAGUAGCAGUGAUGGAAGGUGAAGCCCAAAAGGCGACUGCAUCAUGGGAAAGUGGAACUCUGGCUCCUGUAGACCGCCUUCGCUCAGUCAGGGCGGACAGCCCCAUACCUGGUCUGGUAGAGGGAACUGAACCAGGUGCUGGCCAGAAGAGUGCCAUGUUCAUCCAUGCACACUCGUUUGAGGAUUUAACUGCUGAAGCUGAAGAAGAAGCCCUGAGGACAGCUGAUUCAGGCAAAUCAGAAGAGCAGCAUGAAGAGGGGCUCAAGGCACUUGUUGCUGAACAAAAUAUAGAUGAACAACACAGCAAUGACCUGUCGGAUAGCAGGACUAAGGAGGAGGAUGUGUCCAGUGAGGCGUGGCGGAGCCACAAAAAACACGUGUUUGUGCUGAGUGAGGCGGGGAAACCAAUCUAUACUCGCUACGGCACGGAAGAGGCGCUGUCGAGCACCAUGGGGGUGAUGAUGGCUCUCGUGUCGUUUGUCGAGGCUGAGAAGAACAUCAUCCGCUCCAUCCAUGCAGAUGGCUGUAAAGUGGUUUUCCUCACCAAGAGUCCUCUGGUCCUGGUGGGAGUGUCACGCACCUGUCAAUCAGACAAGGAGAUGCUGCGGGAGCUGCAAUACAUCUACUACCAGAUAGUCAGCCUGCUCACCCUCACCCAGCUCAACCACAUCUUCCAGCACAAGCAGAACUACGACUUGCGGCGUUUGCUGGCCGGCUCAGAGUAUCUCACUGACAACCUGUUGAUCCGGCUGGAACGAGACCCCGGCCUGCUGCUCAGUGCCGUCACUUGCCUGCCCCUCCCCAGCUCUGCCAGGGACGUAGUGUCAUCGAGCCUACAGGCCGCUAAAUCCAAAAACCUGGUGUUCUCCAUAUUGCUGGCCGGCGAUCGCCUGGUCACCCUGGUCAGGAAGAAGGACCAGUUCCUCCACCACAUAGACUUGCACCUGGUCUUCAACCUCGUCGGUUCCUCCUCUUCCUUCCGAGAAGGUGAAGGCUGGACGCCGAUCUGUCUGCCAAAGUUCAACACCGCAGGAUUUUUCCACGCUCACAUUUCUUACCUGGAGCCUGCGUCCCAGCUCUGUCUCAUUCUGGUCUCAACUGAAAGAGAGGACUUCUUUAACAUGUCCGACUGCAAGCAGAAGUUUAUGGAAAGGCUGAGCAAGCGUAGUGCCUACCAGGCCCUGAAGGAGGCGGUGAAAUGUCCCAGUUACUCCGUGGUGCAGGUUGGCAUCCCAGAGCUCAGGCACUUCCUGUAUAAAUCAAAGAGCUCCGGACUGUACACCAGCCCCGAGUUUCCGAUGGUGUACCAGUCUGAUGGAGAGCAGGAAAGGCUGCUGAGCUUGUACCAGGAACUUCACAGCUGCUUGCACCAUCCAACCAGACCUCUCCGUUACUACUACCGCUGCAGGGAAACUGAAAACUUGCUGGCACAGGUGACAAGUGGCUUUGAGCUUUACCUCUGCUUUAGUCCGCUGGCGACCAAGGCCUCAGCGUUCGCCGCUGUCAAUAAACUGCUGAAGUGGAUCAGGAAGGAGGAGGAUCGCCUCUUCAUCCUCAGUCCUCUCACAUACUGAGCCUCCUGAAACGUAAAGCAGUAUUGUGAAAACAGACUGGAGUGGUGCUAACAGCAGCUACGCAUGAUGAAGCAGUAGUCUUUAAGAGUAUGAUGAUUGUCAAAUCCUAUGCAUUUUCUUUUUUUUUGACUUUUGGAAUGCUCUGUUCUAAUUCUCUGAUUUGUAAUGAAGUGUGCUGUGCAAUUGAAUUAACGCUGUAUUUUAGCUGGCGAAAUUUUUUUAUAACUUUUAAUUUAAAAAAAAUGAAGAGCAGAUAGAAGCCUCCGCACUUUUGGUAACACAGAAACUUGCAGUGUUUACCUGUUGUUAAAGAUCUUUCAUGGAAGAAUGGUUUUACUGUAACGGCUAUUGUGCAUCUCACAACUUAAAAAAAUGUCUUUUAUGGUAUUAACUCAGUUCUUAGAAAUGAAGAAUAAACUGGAAAUUCCUCGAACUGCGGUAGAAUGUAUUUUCAAAUUAGAAGACAUGUUGGCAAAAUAUGGGUUAACAGCAUUCCUGUUGGGAGCAUCACACUUUUACCUCUAUGCACUCUUUGUUUAUGUAACGGACACUGAAACAGAAAGCCUGUGACCUGUUUACUGCUGUCAGUAGUUUGUAAUAACACGUAUUCUCUUAACACCACUGUAGAGGAAUUCCACAUGAACUCCAUUAUUUUUCCAGUUCAUCUCUUUCUUUUCACCCAUAAUACUCACAUUAACAGAUGAUAUAUUUCUGCAUGCCUCUUAAAGCUUUGUUUCCUAGAAACCUGCUAUGCUUGAGGAAUCUAGCCUUGUCACAUUUGUCACAUCAUGCCUUAACUGUUAUUGUGCAAAACAAAUAUGUAAUGCUUUAUGGCAGUCCCAUAAUUGCAAAAUUAUAUGUAAAUAAAGAAACGACCUGCAAA